AUGUAUCAACCCGUCGACCCAGGUCUUCAGCCUCGGCACGCUCCUUUGAUAGGCUCGAAAGGAGAGGCGCGUGCGCCUUCGGUAUUAGCCACUCGGCGACCGAAGGAAAAAGAGGAGCAUCACCGGCACCAUCGGCGGGAGCGAAGAAAGACUCCAGAGCCGCAUGUUGAAGUUCCUCUCCCUGUUGUCCCACAGACCCCAGUUCAAGAUAAUUCGAAGCUCGGGAAGGCAAAAGCUUCCCCCUUCGUGGAUCCUAUCCAACAGGAGCGGCCACCGGACAGAUUCGUCAUGCCGAAGCUAAAACGCUAUGAGGCGAAGGAGGACGCAGUCGCGUUCGUUUGUCGCUUCAGACAAACCAUGAGCCUCCAUAACUUUUCUGACGCCCUUAUGUGCAAGAUCUUCCCACUCACUCUCAGCGAGCCAAUUAUGUUGUGGUACAAUCAGUUGAAGCCCAAAUCAAUUUCCUGCUUCAACGAGCUAGAAUUGGAGUUUAGUAAACGCUUUGUCACCAGCAACAUUCAACCGAAGACAUUAUCAAUGCUGGUGAACAUGCGGAGAGCGGCAAGAGAAACUCUACGACUUUAUACCGAGCGUUAUUGGGAGGUCUAUAAUCUUAUACCCGACUGUGAUCAAGGAGUCGCGGCUGAGUCUUUUAUGAACGGGUUGGAUCCAACCUCGGCGAUGUUCCGUGAUCUCUCACGUAAUCCGCCUAAAACAAUGGGAGAGCUCAUGACCAUAAUCAAGAAGGAUUGCGUUCAUGAAGAAGCCAUGGCCGAACGACACACACCAAAGGCUCCAGAACCCGCCAAAAUAACUGUGCCGAAGAAACAGGUGGCGAACGUUCAUCAGGGCCAAGGAGGCCAAGGUAAUUCAGGCCAAACGACCAACAAGCCGAUCAACAAGGGUCGACCUCCGCAGCACCCUCAGCAGUCGUGGCCACAAACGAAAAGAGAGCCACGGCCAGACGAGUACGUGGCCGAGCAUACGGCAUUCACCGAACCUAUCUACAGACUCCUCAACAUUAUCAGCAAGUUGCCAUUCUUUGUUUGGCCGACGGUACUCUUGGGCACCGUCGGUAGCGGACCAGGGAUGUGCACGUAUCACAAGGAGCGCGGCCAGUACACCACGCAAUGCCCACCCUUCAAACGGUAUCUAGAGGAACUAGCAGCAGCUGGGCAUCUAAAUCAGUGGAUUGACGUUUGGCGAAAUCCACUUCCACCACCUCCUCCUAUUAUCGGCAAUCUCGUAAGCGUUAUACAGGGAUUGGUCUCUGAAGGAAGGGCGGCCGAGCUUCAUUCAGAAAUUGACAGAGCCGUCACUUCUUUAUCCGUUUGCAACGUGGGCGCUUCGGGAAAGCGAAAAUGGGAGGAUCCGAGCUUCAGCAGCAAUAUUACUUUUUCAUCCGACGACUUGAAAGGUGUGCAACUCCCUCAUACGGACACCCUCGUUGUCACUGUUGCUAUUGAAAAGUCAACCGUCCAACGGGUAUUGAUAGAUCAAGGAAGCUCGGCGGACGUACUGUUUUACUCGACCUAUCAGAGCCUCGGAUUGUCUCCCGCUCAACUUCGAACAACGUCUACUCCACUAGUCAGUUUUACUGGAGCACCGGUUUGGCCUCUCGGCUUGAUUACUCUCCCUGUGCGGGCUGGAUCACGGGUUCUUGAGAUCGAGUUUGUGGUGGUCGCUUGGCCCAGCCCAUACAACGUAAUCCUUAGCCGAACCUGGCUACACGAGAUGAAGACAGUCGCUUCAACCUAUCACCAGGUGGUAAAAUUUGUCGGAUGGAAUGGGCGUCAGGAGAGCCUCCGAGGAGACCAGAUCCAAUCAAAGAAAUGCUACAUCAGCACUGUAACAAACAAAUAG